AUGAGACCUAAUUUGCUUUCUUUUGGUGCAGGUCAACUAGUUUUGAGGACAAAACUUUUUCAAGAGGGAGGGGAUGAUGCGAUCAUGGAUGAGGAGGUUCAGGAAAAGCAGCUUUUGGCCGAGGAAGAAGAUGGAAUGGAGCAGCUUGAAGCCGAGGAGGGACUUGAAGCCGCGCAACUUGAACCUGAUGGAGCUAAACAUAUGGAGCUGGAACCUGACGGAAUUAAAGAGCUUGCAGCUGAGAAGGAGCUUGUUUCCAAGGAUUCUGUAGCUGCGCCAAUGGAACUGAUUACUCAUUCUGGAGUUAAUCUUGAGCCAAGAUGGAGAAGACAUGAUCCUAAACCUCCCUGGUUUUUGAUCCAAGCUCAAGAGAUCAGCAAAUGGGCAUGUGUCUCAUUUGUACUCUUUUUCCCUUGUCAAGUUUUGUCCCAAUGGGUUUUCUUGACAAGGUUUUUAAUGAGGCAAAUGGGUCACAUACAAAUAACCCAUUUAGCUGAUCAAGACCAAGGCCCAUUUCCCUUCUUCAACUCUAAGUCUUGCCGCCCAGGGUCUCAUUUUUAUUCAAACUUUGUCUUUAAUGUUUGUGUGUUUCCGAGAUGGUCAUGGAGUCUGUUCCAUUGA